AAUUCAAUAGUCUUCUCUUGACUUCGGAGAGAAAGCCUGGUUGUGUGCAUGGGCGUAAAUCUAACAUUCCAAAUAUGUGCAUUGCAGAGCAAGUACCAGGGUACCUUUAAGACACUGUUUGGAUGAAAUUCGGGGCCGACUACCUUCAAACUAACGCCACAGCUGAAAAAGACUUACCUAUGAUGCUGCAACACGGUUUCAAGACAUGCUGAAAGUAUUGUUUGCUGUCCAGUUAGCAUGCCUUACGAAGUCGAGGAGUGUGUCAAUGUUGCAAAAGCUAAAUUCGAUGCCUAUAAAAACGGCAUUGAGCCUAAAUCCGAGUUUAAGAUCACUAUGCUGAACACGGUUAUGUCUGGUAAAUUACGAGAUGUUAUAGAUAACUGGAACUUCUUGUGGAAAAAAUUCCAGAAUUCUGACUCAGCCAGUGAACAACAAACAAUUUAUCAAGCUUUAGGUCUGAUUCAGGACAAGGAUACGCUCAAAAAUUUCUCUGAGUUUUGCCUGGAUCCUAUCUUAUGCGUCGAAGUGACUCCCUCUACAAUACUGGGCCGGAGUAUCGCUCAAACUAAGCUUGGACGAGAGGUUUCUUGGGAUUUUUUGGUGCUAAACUGGCAACGGGAAUUCACCGAAGAAUUCACAGAUGCCCUAUUUGCUGUUGAAUGCUUUACCAUCGCUGAGUUCUGUUCUGAUUUCCGCUGACCAACAAACAUACGAG